UUGCAAUUUUUUAAGAAAAUCGAUAAUUUAUUGAAAGAGUAGUUCCCGCGUAGUAAAAUGUUCUUCGGUCAUCCCUUCCAUUAUUUUCCUCCUUUUUUUUUAAUGACGCUUUCAUCAGCUGCUGCGUAACGUCAUCUUCUAAAAUACAGUGUUGUCAAAUUUUCUUUCUUUUUAAUAUUUAUAUACAAAACAAUGAAUUAUUUAAAUAAUUUCUAAAUACAAUGGAAAACAAUGAAUAUAAAUUGUAUAUUGGCUAUUUUUGUGAAUGGAAUUUUGAGGUUAUGUUAGAAAAUAGAGAAACAAACGAUUGAUAACGGUUUUUGUUAUUGACACCAUAGAACCUGAACAUAGAAGGGAAUCGAGUUUGUCGUGAAAUAUCAGUUAGCUAUAUGUAGCAGAAGAGAAAAAAUAUAUUUUCGUAUACUUAGUUUUGCGAUAAAUAGCUACACAUAUAAGGAUUUUAAUUACAUUUUUGAUUAGAUAAACUACACGAAUUCAUUGCGGUCUAAAGAAAAAAUUAGAUACCUAAAAUUUUGGAUUCUUGAACAACAAAAUUGAAAUAUUAAUUUAAAUAAUAUCAAAAUUACAAAAGCUUUAAUCGAAAAUCAAAAAUGUUGAAUAAUUCCACUGAAGAAGAUUUAAUGUUGAAAGAACCGGAACGUAAUAUUACGUUUUCAUUAAUUUUCAUGAUUUUUUCUAUAAUUGUGUCAAUUUUCUCUUUGUACAAGGCAAAUUCCACCAAGAUAUUUUUAGAAACUAUUUACAUUCUAAUUAUGACAACAACAAUUUUUAUAAUAUUGGAAUUUAUGAAUCGAUUAUCAUAUUUUUUUAACGGAUUGAUAAAAAUUAAUAUUGAAUAUGAAGGAAAUUUCAUGAAAAUUAUUAAAGCAUCUUUUUCAUUAAAUAACACAUCAUCUAUAGUAUUUGUUUUUUGUAUUGUUUCUUUUUUGGCUCUAAUUAACAAUUUUCAUAAUGGUGUGGCAUCGUUUUCAUUUUUAAUAGAGAAAAAAUCAGAAUUAUUUAUUGAUGAUAAAAAAAUUACUUAUUAUAUUAUCGCCUUUUUUUGUGCACUUUGUUUUUCAUAUUUUUUGAUAAACUGUAUAAAACUCAAUGAAUGCAGAGCACAAAAACUUGAAGCUUUUUAUGAACUAAACGGUUUAGAUUAUGGAAGUUCAAUGGCUUGUAGUUAUUUUUUUGGAUAUUUAAAAAUUAUUCUUCCAUCAGACGGAAAACAAAAUGAAGGUCUCAUAGGGAGGAUUGAAAAGUUUGAAGAUCAUCAUAAUGUGUCAUUUCCUGUGAAAAAAUUAUUCAUUCUUGUUCCAUCUUCUUUUUAUACUCCUCCUGAUUUAAAAGAAUCAUCGAAUAAUUGGCUUGAAGCUAUACCAAAUGAUAUUAAAUAUGAUAAAGAUGGAGUAACUCAGAAUAGAGCAGGUGUUAGUAAACGUCAAUAUCAAAAUACAUUUUAUAAAAUAAUUCCCGGUGGAAUUGGAAAUGUAAAGGAAAAUACUGUUCAUGUUGUUACUGAAGGCGCAUCACCUUUAUUGACAUUUUUUGAAGUUCAACAACAAUCCCACAGAUAUUCUAACACUUAUAGAGAGUUCAAAAAAGAAAUUGGCAAAUCUUUUUAUAGAACUUUAAAACAACUUUUAAAUGACAAUCCAGAUUGUCGAGAUUUAUGUGAAUUAGUUUACUACGAGGAUUAUGAUUCAAAGGGGAAAAAAGUGAAUAUUGCAAAAAUUCUUUUACAAAGAAUUAAAGAACUUUCUUUGAAAUGAUUUGUAUAAAAAAUUUGGGCAUACUAGAUUGUACAAAUUUGCAUUUAAUAGUUUACAUCUAAUUUCAUAUGUUUAAUAUACAUAUCGUGUGAUAUUUUUUUAAUCGACUGAACUGAAUCAUUUUAAAAAUGAUUGUUAUUGUUUAUAAAAAAAAGUGCCUCAAAUUUAUUUACACAAUAAAUACCAUGUCUCAAAAUA